AUGGCCGUGGCCGCCGUCGCCCGCCGCGGUCUGUCCGCGCUGCUGCUGGGCCGGCUCCCGGCGCUGCCGCUGCCGCCCGCGCUGCGCCCGCCGCCCGCCCGCCCCGGCCCCGCCGCCCCCCGCCCGGGGCCGCUCCGCGCCGCCCUCCGCUCCUACAGCCAGGUCACCGAUGCUCCGUCCCAGGAAGGUCGCCUCUCAGAGCAGGAGCCCGGCUCGCCCAAGGCGGAGAGUGACGGUGUCUACCUCGUCAGGGCACAAGGAUUCCCCUUCUCGUGCACCGAGGAAGAUGUGCUUACCUUCUUUGAUAGCUGUAGAAUUCGGAACGGUGAGAACGGGGUGCACUUCCUCUUAAACAGGGAUGGGAGGCGCAGGGGGGACGCCUUGAUCGAGCUGGAGUCCAAAGCAGACGUCCAGAGAGCCCUGGAAAAGCACCUGAGGUACAUGGGCCCACGCUACGUGAAAGUGUUUGAAGUCCACGACAGCGAUGUGGAGGGCUUGAUGCGGAGCCUGCGGGAUGAAUCCCAAGCCAUGAACGAUGGAGUGGUGCUGCUCCGAGGCCUUCCCUUCAGCUCCACCGAGGAGGACAUUGAGGAUUUCUUCGCAGGUUUGAAAAUAGCAGACAUAGCCUUCAUUUAUCGGGGAGACAGAAGAACAGGAGAAGCUUUUGUGCAGUUUGCAACUCCUGAAAUGGCAGCUAAAGCCCUGUUACGGCACAGAGAGUAUAUGGGAAAUAGGUAUAUAGAAGUGUACGUAAGCAGAAAGCACCAGAUGCAAAGGCACAUGUCCGACAAGCAGUUGAUGACCUACUCCAAAAUGAGAAGAGAAUAUGAAUCCCUCCCUGAAGAAGGGGGAUGGAGAGGCAUGAGAGGCUCCAAUGCCCAGGAAGAAAACAGAUUGUACAGGGGAGAAACGGAAAACUCCAGGAGCGUUUUAGAGCCUGGGAACACCUCAUCACCAGCACGGCACUGUGUCCGCAUGAAGGGUUUCCCUACCCAAGCUACUGCCCAAGACAUAAUAAAUUUUUUUGCUCCGCUGAGGCCCACGAGGAUCCUGGUGGAAUACGACUCCCAGGGAGAGGCCACAGGAGAAGCGGAGGUGCAUUUCCAGAGCCAGGAGGACGCCGUGGCGGCGAUGGCGAAGGAGGGGUCAGAGAUGGAGUGCAGUGCCAUUGAAUUAUUCCUGAAUGAGCAUCCAAAGGCAAAGGAAAACUGUUAAUGACAGUGGCACGAGCUCAGAUUUGGCCGGGUGAACACGUUCCUUGUGUAUGAGGGUGAAGAUCGGGUACGAGUGUCAGCGCUGAGCAAGGAGGACAAACUGUAAGAUCUAGUUUAGCCUUGUGUAAGAGGAGCAUGUAAUAAAUGUGCUGGACUGUGGGGAGUGUUACAAAAGCAGCAGCAGCUGCACUGCUGGAAUGGUCAAUGGGUGGAGCAGUUCUGGGCUCCAGGUGCAGAACGGUGCAUUAAUAAACACCAGGAUUGACAACUGA